CUCAAAAAAUCAAACCCGACUAAUAUUUUUGUUUAGUUUAUUUUUAAAAGCAAAUUUUUUGCAAAAAUUUGUUUUUUAAUUUCGGUGAUGUGUGAAAUAGAAAUUAAAUCUCUUAUUGAAGAGAUUAGGUGCUUAAGCAAUGUACUUAGAGAAAAGAAAAAGUUGCUGUCCGAAUAUUUAGCUAAGAAAAAAUCUGUGGAGGUAUGCAAGUACUCAAGACAUUUAUCCACAGAAGAAAUCACUCGAUACAGCAGGCAGAUGUUGGUAAAUGGUGUGGGACUGCCAGGUCAAAUAAAGCUCAAAAAUAGUAAAGUACUUAUAGUUGGCGCUGGAGGACUUGGAUGCCCUGUAUCAGUAUACUUAGCAGGAGCUGGGAUUGGAGAAAUAACUGUUGUUGACUAUGAUGAGGUAGAGCUCUCAAAUCUACAUAGACAAAUUUUACAUACAGAAGAUGACAUAGGAAUAGCGAAAGUUGAUUCUGUCUUUGAUAAACUACAUAGCUUUAAUAGUAACAUUAAAAUAAUUCCGCUAAAAAAGCAUCUGGACAGCAACACACUCUCGCAACUAUUAAAAGAGAAUACGUACGACGUUGUGAUUGACGGCAGUGACAAUGUAGCAACCAGAUAUUUGCUAAAUGAUGCCUGUGUUUUAAAUAAAAUACCAUUGGUUUCUGGUAGUGCCCUGCAAACUGAAGCUCAGCUCACUGUAUAUAAUUAUCAGGGUGGUCCAUGUUACAGAUGUCUGUUUCCUGUGCCUCCACCUCCUGAGACUGUUAAUAGCUGUGGAGAUAGUGGUGUUAUUGGUCCAGUACCUGGAAUAAUAGGUGUGCUACAAUCUCUUCAAACAAUUCACAUCCUACUUAACAAUAAUGGUGGAGUUUUGUCAGGGCGACUUUUAUUAUUUAUUGGAUGCGACACCAUAUUUCGAAAUGUGAAACUUCGACCUAGAAAUGUUAAUUGUGCCGUUUGUGGAGACAAUCCUACUUUGACCCAACUGAUUGACUAUGAACAGUUCUGUGGGGCCGCCGCUCAUGACAAAGUAGUUAACAUCGAUAUAAUAAAUGAAAACCAGCAAAUAGAGGUAAAGGAUCUUAAGUCUAAAUUAGGUUCCAGUCUAAUCUUAGACGUCAGGCCGGCAUUGCAGUAUGAAAUUUGUAGGUUACCUAAUACCACAAAUAUCCCUUUAAGUGAUAUUGAAAGAUGCCAUGGACUUGAGAGAAUUAAGGAAGAAAUAAGGCAGAAUCCACAAAAUGAAGUCUAUGUGUUGUGCCGAAGGGGAAACGACUCUCAACGUGCAAUUUUCCAUCUCAGGACAAACAUGACGGAUGUUCCUGUGAAAUUUACAAAUAUUAAGGGAGGCCUACUUGCUUAUUCAAAAUAUGUUGAUAACGAUUUCCCUACGUUUUAAAGAAAUUAUUAUUAAUUUUAUGCUUUUAACUUUAAGAAAUAUUUAGUUUUUUGUUAUCCAUUUUUUAAUGAACCAGACUGAAAUAUAUUGAUUGGUUUAA